AUGGGCGGCGGCGGCGGGCGCGGCCCCGCUCGCACGCGGGUCGGGGGCUGCCGGCAGGAGAGGGCUCCGCUUCGCCACCGCGGGGUUCAGCGCCGCGCUGGGUGCAUGGUCCCGGCCCCCAGCCCGGGCGCUGCCUGCGAGCGGAGAGAGAGCGCGGUGAGCGGCGAGCCCCGCGAGAGGCGCUCCCGACGUAGAGCCAUCCAGAGGAGGGACCCGAGGCGAGAGAUCACCUCCCGGCGGAGCGGGGGAGGGACAUCUCCUCCCCCCGCCGCCCAGCCUGUCCUCGGCUCCUCUCCGCCGGGGCUCCUCUCCUCCGGCGGAGGCGGCGUCCCGAGACGGUGGUCUCGCUUUAUCGCAAAGGCGAACCCGCUGAUGCCCCGCUCCCUCGACUGGGGCAGGCGAGCCCGGCCGCCAGCUCUGGGACUUUUGGGGAGGGAGGAGGUCGUGGGGGAGAACCGAGCACGUAAAGGCAAAAAUCCCUUUAAUGAACAAGGAAGAAGGCAACAACGUUUUUACAGUCCUGAGAAGUGCCUGUUACUAGAAAUGAUUUUCACUUUGUUCCUGAAAAGUAUGCCAAGUUUACUGGUGUUUGCUGGUGAUGCUACAAAUAGAAGCAAGACUGGCAGGAAGGAGCAUGAGCUUUCCAGUGGAACAUGUGACAGCAGGGACCUGCUCCAGGAGCUGCAAUUGGGGCAUCUCUGAAUGGGAGAUGAUGGACUGGUGACUGAAAUUGUUUAGAAAAAACUAUAUGUGUGAGUAUGUACAAGCCUGUACUAGACUCAUGUAGACUUGGUACUCUGAGCAGACAAAGCUAAUCUAAGAUCAGGUAAUCUUUAAAAAUGCUGGGGGUUUGCACUACCUGAUUCCAGAGAGCAACUUUGUAUUUCUUAAUUAAAUAGAAUGUCCCUGAGGUCAAGAAGGACUUAUAUUGGGAACAUAAGAGGAAUAUAUAUGGCUUAUAUUCAUACUAGAUCCUACAGAGCAGACUCGCAUAUUCACAGCCCACAGUGCUCCUUGGACUCCUUCUGGUACCACUCUAGAAC